GAUUCAUGGUCGAUCUCGUAGCUGGAUCGAUCUACCGAUGGAAAAUAAGACGAGAUUCCGAUGAUAAACAGAGAACUCUGCCGCGAUCUUCGUCGUUUGAUAACUACGGCAAUGGAAAACAGGCGGGAAAUAAUAAGCAGUGGAAGUUAUUAGCUUCUGAAACGCCCAUUAUCCUCAGCGAGAGAGAGAGAGAGAAAGAGAUGGAGGAAAACGGAAGAGGCGGCGGCGGAAGCAUAAGCAGGAAUGUUGUGGUAGAAUUAGGGUUUUCUACUAGGGGAAUGAAAUUAGAGAACCCUUUUGCUUUCAAAGCUCUUCAAGUCUUCACGGGAUUCGGCGUAGGUUGUGGAAUUGGAAUCGGCAGUGGCGCACCUAUAAACCUCGGUAGUAUUCCAAUGGUGGGAGAAGUAUUGAGCGCAGCUAGAGGAGCAACCAAUGCGUUUUCAGGGGCAACGCACCACGUGAAUGACGCAUUGCGGAAGGUGGGAGCUAGAAACAUUAAAGCAGGUGUUGGCUGUGGAGUUGGCUUCGGUCAUGGUUUUGGAGUUGGCAUAGCGGUGAAACCAAGUGCCAUACACAAGCUUCAAGCUUCUAUUAUGGGAACUGCAUCCAACUUGAUGGCAAAACUCGGAAGAACGAGUGAGACCACCUCAAGUCAAACCGAGAUAGAAGACCAGGCGUCUCAAUCUCUGACCGGUCACAAGAAACAUGUGGACACACAAGCAGCAUCUUACAAGAACAGUGGUUCCUCUACUGAUUCAAGAACGUUUGGUACUCGAACUGAGAAAGUGAUCAGCAGUUUUCUCGACAACCCGAUUCUGAAACAACAGGACACAAAUGGAGAAGAACGACAGGUCACACAAUUGGAAUCAGAGAGCUUAAUGCUUCAGAUGGUACUGAAACAUCAGAAACUCCUUAACGAAGUAAUGCAAGAGAACGAAAAGCUUCGAAGGAUAAUCAUAGAAGAUCUCAAAGUUUCACCCGAAAAACUCAAAUCAGUUUCCGCUUACAAGUACGAAACACCAUGCAAAGAUUGCUUCCAGUGUCGUAGAAAACAGAGAAGAAAUAGA